AUCUCAGCCAUCGGUUCUAGGAAAAGAUAAAUUCCUAGUCAAAAUUUCCUUAUCAAAUCAGGCAGGCACCUUUUGGCAAAACGAUUUUAAAACACUGAAAUUUACAAAGUAGCAUACAAUAUGCCUCAAUAUGGCAACAAACUGAGCUGGGCUGUGGGCAAGAAGAGGGUGCUGUGCAUCGGCACCACGACCAUUGACUUUGUCUCGACCAUAAAGCAUUUUCCCGGGGAAAACACUCACCAGAAGGUGGUUGGCGGCUACUGGAUUCGCGGUGGAAAGGCUUCGAACAACUGCACUGUACUCGCGAAUCUGGGGGUCAAAGUGGAGCUCCUGGGAAUGCUGAGCAAUUGGAGUGUGUUCCAGGUUCUGAUCGAUGACUUGCGGGCGAGGGGCAUCAUUAUCGAGAACUGCCCGCGAUGUGACCAGGGUGCGCCCUUCUCAUCCGUGAUCCUCUGCAAGGCGACCAAAACGCGAAACAUUGUCUAUUGCAAUAAUGACUUCCCGUACGUGAGCGUCGAUGAUUUCCGGAGGUUGGACCUCAACCGGUAUGGUUGGAUUCACAUUCGGGCACUAUUUGUGGAUAAAUCGAUGCCGAUGGUCAAGGACAUAGAGGCGUAUAAUGCGGCCAACAAGGAGAAGAUCGUGCUAUCGAUAUAUUUUGAUAACAACCUGGACGACAUGUGGCCACUGAUGGACUACUGUGACUAUGCCGUGUUCUCCAAGAAGCUGGCCCAGGCCAAUGGCUGGACUUCCAUGGAGGAUGCCUGCCUGCAGCUGGACGAGCGAUUGCGGAUGCGCUGGGGCCUCAACCUGAAGCGACCGUUUGUGGUCGUCCUUUGGGGCGAUCAGGGUGCCGGGUUCAUGGAUCUCGAGGGCAACUUCACCCACUCCAAGCCCCACAAGCCCAGACGCAUCGUGGACGCCUUGGGCGCCGGAGAUACCUUCAUGGGCACCUUCAUCUACGCCCUGUACAUCCGGGAGAGAUCCCUGGCCGUUGCCGUGGACUUCGGCAAUCGCAUGGCCAGCUACAAGUGCUCGAAGAAUGGAUACGAUCACAUCGCCAAUAUCUUGCUGCCGCCGAUCUUGUAAUUGGAUUUCUCACUUUGAAUAUUUUGUGAAAAAAAACAUAGCUCUCUUAAGCCUAGUCCUUUAACUCCUUUAAAGUCAGCCACCAUUCGGAAAUGAAAUUUAAAACGAGCAUUUAUUACGUAUCCGCACCGUGGGCAGUUAAUACCAUAAUUACCCUGGCAGACACUCGACCAAAAGUGUAUCGACCAUAAAUUAUGGGAUAAACACACUUUCGCUGUGCCGCCUUUUGCGUUUUUUUACCGGAGUUUCCAAAUUGAUUGCAAAACGAAGCUGCAAUGCCAUUAAUUUUUCCUCGCUGAAAAGGGUUCAAAAGUUUUUCAUUCAUAUACGCACGUACCUUUUGUUGUUUACCCUCGGUCACUUGAAUUAUAGCCAGAUUAUUUAAAUAAAUA